AGCAACAUACGUGGAGACUGGACAUCCUUUCAAACCAACCACCACCACCACCACCACCACCAAGACCACCACCACCACCACCACCAGUCACCCCUACACACCCACAGCUCCCACUCUCGUCUCUCACUCAAGACCUCCAGUUUGCCGUCGGCCUUUGGAGAGGGAGGUUGUGCUGCUCUUCGCUCCGGCCUCAUGGGGUCAUACGGCGGCGGCGGCGAUGCGAGCGGGGGCGGGUGUUGCAGUAUUAACUUCCUCAAAUACGUGUUGUUUAUCUUCAACUUCAUCUUUCUGGUGGGCGGUAUCGCAGUGCUGGCCGUGGCUUCUUGGACCAUAGCAGAGAAACACACCUAUGUAGCAGUCCUCACCACAUCCACAUACGCCACCACUGGGUACCUACUGCUCCUCGCCGGCCUCCUCUGUCUGCCCGCCGCCCUGCUUGCCUGCUGCGCCAUUCAUAAGGAAAAUAAAUGCAAUCUGCUGGCGUACACGUUCCUGCUGCUGGUGGUGUUCCUGCUAGAGGCGGCAGCAGGAGUGGUGGCUUAUGUCUACGAGGAGCAAGUGAUGGCGGAGCUGGCCCAUACUUUGCAAGACACCUUCAAACACACCUAUGCUCUCGAUGACACAGUUACUGAAGCUAUUGACACUAUGCAGCUCGAGUUCCAUUGCUGCGGCGCGGAUAGCUACAGUGACUGGGAGAGCAGCGUCUGGGUGGAGAGUGGCAGUGCUCUCAACAAUACCGUGCCUGACUCGUGUUGCAAGACUCCUUCUGUGCAUUGCGGGGUUAGCGACCAUCCCUCCAACAUCUGGUAUAAUGGCUGCAUUCACCGUCUGGAGGAGGAGCUAGUCAGUCACCUCCUGCUGUUGGGGGCAGCCGGGUGUGGCCUCUGCGUCAUUCAGAUCCUGGGUGUCCUGCUUGCCUGUUGCCUGUACUUGAAGCUGAGGCGAGCAGAACACUAUGGACACUACGGUAGGUCGCAGUGUGUUCCCUACAAGCACUACGACCAUGGUUACUAGAUUACGUUAAGGUUCCGUGUUCAGAAACGCUUUGCUCUCUCACCACGAGUAUUUUCCAAGGCCAUAGAGAUGAUUAGCGGGGUUUUCAAGAGUUGUUCCAGUUAAUAAUGUAGAAAUGUUGUCAAUCUGUCUCUAGAACCGUAAAAACUCUCUUAAAAACGCUUUUCCAAGACCAUAGAGAUGUUUAGCGGGGUUUUCAAGAGUGUUGUUCCAGUAAAUAGUGUAAAAAUAUUGUCAUUCUGCUUCUUGAACGGUAAAAACAUCUUAAAAACUCGUGUAAAUUUAAAUAAAGCCUUUUGAAAUAGUGAAGGUGAAGAGCAGAUAUGUUUG